UUUUCGUGGAAGUUGAAGCUCUUUACGUCAUGGACGCCACGCAGGUGGCCGCAAAGCGUCCGGCACCUGCCAACGGUGAUGCUCAAACGAAGAAAAAGAUGAAGAAGUUGACGCCAGAACAAGCGACGCAACUAGAAUACCGCAAAAAGCUCGAAGCUUGUGCAGCCGCGUCGAACGCACCCCAAGCCCUCGCUGUAUUCCGCGAAAUGAAGGACAACGAUAUCCCAUUGCAGACCUAUCUGUACCAGAUGAUCUUGAACAUUUGUGGGCAAUCCACGACACAGGAGGAUAUCGUCGGGGCGGCGUUCGACGUGUACGAGCACAUGAAGACACACGCGUCCUCCACGCCGAGGUCGAAAAAGCACCCCGUGGAUGAAUCAUCAUACAGUGCGCUGAUCAAACUGUGCUCCAAGCAUCACAUCACAGACCGCGCAUUGGCCCUCAUCGCCGAGCUCGAGGCGCACAAAGUGUCGCCCAAGCUGCGCACGUUCGCUCCGUUGUUGGCUGAAUUUGCAUCGACGCUGGACCUGAAGCAGGCUUGGUGGGUGUUCGAGAAGCUUCUUGAACAUGAAAUCGACGCCACGGAAGGCGAGUAUAUCGCACUGCUCACCGCCAGCUCCGCGUUAAACGACGCGUCCAUGUUUUACAAGGUGCUUGGGCUUUUCUGCGACCAAGUUCUCGUGCCCAGUCCCAGUACGUGGGACGUCCUCAAGGCAUUCUUUGGCAAGUCGGAGCUCCACAAGGGCGACGCGUGGCAGUGCAACAUUGGCGAAGUGAACGACCAGGGGAUUUGCUCGGUCACGGGUUCAACCUUGCAAAGCGUCGAGUUGUCUCGUGAGAAGGAGGAUGCACUGUUGGCCAAGGUGGAAAACUUGGUGUGCACGUCGGAUGAACGGAUCGAGCAGUGGACGGCGUUCAAAACAUGGCUAGACGAGCAUGGCCCGUUUGACGUGAUCAUCGAUGCUGCCAAUGUGGGGUACUUCAAUCAAAACUUUGAAGGGGGAGGAUUCAGCUACCCACAGAUCCAAACCGUGCUGAAAGCGUACCAAGACAAAGGCCAGAAGCCACUGAUUGUGCUGCAUAAGCGUCGGACGAAAGACCACCAAGUGCCCGAGCCCCAUCGUGCAAUGGUCCAGCAGUGGAAACACGAUAACGUCAUGUUUAACUGCCAAUACGGCAACAACGACGACUGGUACGAACAUGAUAAAGUCGUUCGUGACGUGUACUUUGUCACAUAUAUCCCUGUCAUGUCAUAGGUACUGGUUGUAUGCGGCCGUAAAGCUGAGCGGCCGCACGUUAGUCGUGUCGAACGACGAAAUGCGAGACCAUCAUUUCCAAAUGAUCCACAACCAAGACUUUCACCGGUGGAAGGAGCGACAUCUGGUGCAUUAUGAAGUGCGCGGCCACAAGCUGGACCUCCACGAACCGUCCGUGUAUUCGAUGCGAAGUCAACAUUUGGAGUCGGGGAGUUGGCACUUUCCGUCCACAGCGUCGUCGGACUGGCUCGUGUUUCACCGUCGACGUUCAAGUGUGGCAGCACCAUAAGUACCAUCUUGCCGUGUGGCUAAGAUUAGAAAUUUAGAUACAGGUGUACUAGCUGAGCUAUAAAUACACUUCGUUUGGGCCAUCAUUCCCGUC